UUUACAAUUUGGCAAUUUACCAGCGCUGCGUCCCUGUUUUAGCAGUUUAAUUGUUUAAGGAUUUGCAGUCAUAUUAACACACAUAAUUGUUUAAAAAUGAGGGAGGAUUCAAAGAUAUGCAGGCUUUGCGCGAAGUCGAUCAACAAUCUAAGCGCAGUGUCACUUUUUGAGAGAAGUCGAAAAUCUCUAAUUCGGAGGAUCUUCCAACUAACUGGUGUCAAGUUGAAAAAUAUCAGCAAUAUUCCAACAGCAAUGUGUUCUGAUUGUGAAACGGAAUUGAGUCGUGCUUAUGAAUUUCGAGAGCAUUGCAUUAGUGCACAGAAGUACUUCUCUAGCGCGAAAUAUAAGACUCACGUUGGUCAGUCUAAGAAAGAAAGUAAAUGUAAUAGUAAAAUAGAUUUCGAAUCUGCUUUAGUUAAAGAAGAGGUGAUGUUAUGCGCGCCAGAAGAUGUGAAAACCGAACUAGAAAAAAGUCUCGAAGAUAUUCCUAAUACAGUGGCGCAUGCCGAUUGUGAAUUUCUGGCACUUAACGAAGAUGAAAUUGCUCAUGCCAGCUAUGACGAACAAGAGUUGGAACCUUUGGAUCAGAAAAUAGAGGACACAACGUACAAACCAGCGCAAAGGCAUACAACAGUAGAAAGUAUUGAAGAAGAAUUGGAAACAACUAUAGGCGACAGUGAGAAGCCGGUUAAAUCUACGUCAACUCGAUUGAGAAAAGUGAGGAAGUGUGAAUCCGACAAAAAUGAUAAAAAGAAAGCUUAUCUUCCAGAAAAGAAACCCAAAGGAAAAGGGAAAAGUAAAGAAAGAAUAUAUGUUUGUGAUCAAUGCGGUAAUCAAUUUAAGUAUCGCAGUCAUUUCUAUUCACACAUUAAAAGGCAUACCGGCGUAAAAUCGGUGCAAUGCGAAGUAUGUCCAGACAAGUUUUUCACUGACGGCGAACUAAAACGUCAUAUGCGUCGACAUACCGGCGAACGCCCGUUCGCUUGCCAACACUGCCAACGCCGUUUCACCGACUACAGCACACGAGUUAAACAUGAACGAACUCACACCAACGAACGUCCAUUCGGGUGCCCGCAGUGUGGUAAAGCUUUUACAACAUCAUAUGUGUUAAAAAAUCACAUGCUUGUGCACACUGGCGAACGUUCCUUUAAAUGUACGCUAUGCGAUAAAUCGUUCCCGCGUCAAACCAACCUCAUUGUACAUACACGUUCUUUGUCACACAAACAACUUGUUGAGCGUGAGCAACAAAAGCUCAUUCAGCAGAAUAGUGGAGAAAUAAGAUAACUUUCAUCAAAACUACAUACUAAAAUGGUUUGCCCCAAAUUUCUUCACAAUGUAUUUUUUUCAACUAUCUGAUAUUUUCAGUCUUCAGAGUCGAAAAUUUCUCAUAUCUAAUUUUUCACUCACUUAAAAAUUUUUUUCUUAGAAAUAAACUUACAAUCAAAUAAAGAA